GGUAAGAUGGUGAAGGGAAUGGGAGGAGCGAUGGAUCUGGUGGCCAGCGCUGGGACUAAAGUGGUGGUGACGAUGGAGCACUCGGCCAAGGGAGGGAAACACAAGAUCCUGGAGAAGUGCAGUCUGCCCCUGACCGGGAAACAGUGUGUGGAUCGCAUCAUCACUGAGAAGGCCGUGUUUGAUGUGAAUAAGGACAAAGGGCUGACUCUGAUUGAGGUGUGGGCGGGGCUUACACCUGAUGACAUCAGGAAGUGUACAGGAACUGAUUUUGAGGUCUCUCCUGACCUGAAGCCCAUGCAGCAGAUCUGAACACACACACGCGCGUGCACACACACACACACACACACACACACACACACACACACACACACACACAUACGCGCACACACACACACACACACACAGAACGCACACACACACACACACAUACACACACGCACACACACAGAACACAGAACACACACACACACGCGCGCACACACACACACACACACACACACACACACAGAACACAAAGUGUCUGAAAAUAAAUAGGUAAAUUAAGGAGUAAAGGAAAUAGAAUAAAUCUACACUGAAGUGUGUGUGUGUGUGUGUGUGUGUGUGUGUGUGUGUGUGUGUGUGUGAGAAGUAAAAUGUUGCUGUAGAUGAAAAAGGCUGCACUUGAACAGUUACUGAAUCUGUGAAAAUGAAAUGACAAAAUGUAGAGAUUUUCAAAUCUCUGUAGAAUUUCAAUAUGUAGUAAUAAUAAUAAUAAUAAUAAUAAUAAUAAUAAUAAUAAUAAUAAUAAUAAUGGUGAGGAUGAAGACGGUGAUGAGGAUGAAGACGGUGAUGAAGGAGUGAUUGCCGGUGUGUGUUGAGUCAGAGCCCUGCAGCUCUUCAGGUUCAGUUUUAACACACUUCAGUUCUUAAUAAUAAACUUUACUGAAGUUUGUACAUAAUAAAAGAUUUUAUCUCUGCA